UCUAAUAAACAUAAGCACUAAUGUUAUAUGUUGUAAACUUGUAAGUUGUAAGUGAUACGAAAGUAUUAUUAGUGAGUGAAAUUGAUAUUUGAUCAUUUCGGACAUGUUUGCCCAUUGAGAAAUCUGCCUCGCACUUUCCUUGACUACUUUUUUAUAAGAUCAAAACCAAACUCCUCGCUUUCCUUCUCUAAUUCUCUCAAUCUCCUCAUCUUUCACUAUAACUCUGGUAAGUGGUGAUGGAUUCUUGGAAAUAUAUAGGAACUGAAAUUAAACCUAUUUGUAAUGUUGAAAGUUACCCACUAAUCUCUAACACACAAGCACUUGAAAGAUUGGAUUUUAUGGAUUUGGGGUUUGCUGAUGAUAUUAGGAAAUCAUAUUCAAUUUCUAGUGAACCUAGUGGGGAGGUUUUUAGUGAUGAAAUUGGUACUGAUUAUCCCCAAUUUGGUGAAGAAUCAAACAAACAUGAUUUUUCUCUUGUUGAUUUGAAGUUGGGUAUGUUGGAUGAUGGUGGGAUUGCCGUAGAUAGUGAAUUGUCUAAAACUAAUGCACCUGAACCCUCUAUUAUGUUGUCUUCUCCGGCCAAGAAAGCUCGGUCAUCAAUGUCGACUAUGCGCUCUUCUAGUUGUCAAGUUCUAGGUUGCAACAAGGAUCUUAGCUCUUACAAGAGUUACUACAGAAGGCAUAAGGUUUGUGAUGUUCAUACAAAGACUCCUAUAGUUACUGUUGAUGGAAUUGAGCAAAGAUUUUGCCAGCAAUGUAGCAGGUUCCAUCUUUUGGCUGAAUUUGAUGACAUUAAACGUAGUUGUCGUAAACGUCUUUCUGCUCAUAAUAAGCGUCGAAGGAAGCCUCAGCUCACUUCUGACCAAGGUAGUGGAACUAUUGACUUUUCCUCAUCACCUGCUUUUCCAGAAGUGAUGCCUAGUGUUUUUCUUGGUCCAAGUAAGUAUGAACAAAGGAUUGAAAAUUCCAUCAAGAGCUCAAAUUUCCUUCUCCAAAUGGGUUGUGUAGGAGAAAACAUAAAUAAUGUUUCAAAUGUUAAGGACGGAAUUGUUAGCUUUGCAAAACCUACGAUACAAAACUUAUCUAGCAUCCAGCAAACAAGUUGUGCUCUCUCUCUUCUGUCAGAUCAAUCACAUAACUUAUCAAGCCAGUUGCUGGACACUACAAGCACAUCACUGAUCAACAGAAGCAUCCAUGCAGAUUCUAAUCUAGAGUAUGCUCUUAACCACUCAGCUGGCAAUUUUAGAGAAGUUGCACCUCAUGAAUCUGUAAUUUGCUCAAUGGAUCAAACUGACAGGGAAGAACCCACCACAAUCAAUGGCACGGAUUGUCAUCAUCCUAAACAACGUGGUAUGAUCCUCAACUUGCUUCAAUUGUCUUCGAAUCUUCAAAGAGUUGAGCAGCAAAGGCACUCACCUGAAAAUGAAGAAGGAUAAACAAAAUCAUUGCGGAAACAGUGGGAUAUACACCUUUUCUUGCUCAGAAGGGCAGUGCAUGCACUAAGUCCAUAUAUAUAUUUGCUAUGAUACUUCCCGCCAACAGUAACCAAACGAUGUAUGAUACCAAAACCAAUAGAAGUGAGGGGGACGUGAAUAGAGAUACUCUAUACAAAGUCGGAAGUUGUUUUCCAGUUUACCUGACGGUACAGAAGUUGCAGACUGCAGUGAAGAAAAGAAGAGAUAAGAACCAAGGUAGUGUUGUUGCAUACGAUAUGAAUAUGCUGCUGAAAUUUGAAUGGGAAGAUGGUUUUGAUAACCAAGUGUAUGACUGUAUGUAUGUAUGCAUGUAUGUAUGUAUGUAUGCGUUCAUUGUAUCCGUUGCCAUGCCAAUCGCUAAUUCGCUACUCCGUAUAAUAGUGGCUUGGCUUGUGUAAUUAAAGUUCCAGAAAAUUUAGAGUGUUGUAUAUUUACGAUUGAUUGUGCUGUUUGCUUUGGAAAUCCCAGGCGAAAGGAAUAUGUCAUGGAUUAAUAGUCAAUAGUAUUGAGUACCCAAAUUUUUGGCUGCAUAGCUAUGCAUGCAAUUUUGCAUGCAUAUGCGCUAACAGGCA